UUCCCCUCCCCUCCCCCCUCCCCGCUUUCUUUUCUUCCUGCCUCGUCUCGGGCCGGGGCUUGGACCCCGCGUGACACCCAGCGCGGGGGGAUGCAUGGGGCGAGGCCGACACCACCUUUCUGCGGGUUUGGGGAGUGAGGUGUGAGGGGAAGUGAUUGCAGCUCGGUUUUUUUCCUUUUUUUUUUUUUUUUUUUUUUUUUUUGCCAAGGGGAAUUUAAAAAAACAAAUUAAUAUUUUUCCUUGAGGGAGAAAAAGUUAGGAUUGUUUUGGCACAGGGGUCUGCGCCAGGCGUUUCACUUCCAUCUCCCCCAGGUUUUCCCCCCCCCCCCCAGUUUGUUCAUUUUGGCACAGAAAUCUGCCCUUCCCCGGGCUCCCUCAGGGUUUUGUUUCCAUCUUCUCUCCCUCCGGGUUUUUUUACCCCGUUUGUUUGUUCCUGGUUUAGAGUCACCAUGAAGUGAGAGGGCUGUGCCCCUGCCGCACCCAGCGGGUGUCUCGCUGCCUCAGGCAGCCUGCCCAGUUGCGGGAGGAGAGGCCAGAAGUCAGCCAUGCAUGGUCCUAGCUAAACCAGGCUCGGGCAGUAGAGAGAGGAGGAUCCUGGGGCAGGGGAUCAGUUUCCGAAGGAGCCUGUCAGGUUUUGGGGGAUGUAGAGCUCUCACUGUGGUGGGCAGCCAGGACUGGGGGCUUGCAUAGGGCUCGACUCUCCAGGGGAGAGAGUCCCGUCCCUUCACCCCCCACCCACCCUUUGUCUGUGGCCAUCAUGAUCCCCCUUCUCAGCAGUGGCAGCCUCAGGGCGGUGAUGUGCCUGAUGAUGAGCAGGAUGAAGUUAGAAAUGACUCCGCUGUUUUUCCUCUUUGCUCCCCUGCAAAUCAGCACCACGUCUGUAGUUGACGAUUCCGUUGUUGGCAGGGAAAUCUCGUACCUCCCAGGACGUGCACUCCUCCUCUGCACCCUUUUCUCUGCUCUCCACCAAGUGUAAUAAUUUUAAAGGUUAACGAAGGAAAAAAAAGAGGGACAGGGACAGGCAACCUAGCAAUAGUGGAAACCUGAGAAUAAUAGCAGAGUCAUGAAUCUGGCUGGGGUAAAGCGCAAUUUGUAAUUUCAGUUUCUUCUUUUUUUUUCUUGUUUUGUAAGGGCAGAAAUAAUCCCCACAUGGAUUGGGCUUGUGCCAGUUGCUUUUUGUUGUACACGUAAAUUGUGAUCACUUCCCCGCAUCCCUAUUCUCACCCACUUAUUCCUGCGGUUAAACUGUUCACACCAAUGUAUCUUCUUAAAAAUUGUUAGCGUUUUUUUUUUUCUUGGUACUUUUUGCCGAAUCUCCUUGUCCAACCAUGGUUGGACAGCGGCUUAUUUUGUUUCUUGACCCCUUUAAUAUGACAGUCUCAUAAAAUAUUGCCUGAGGUGCGUUUUUUGGGUUACAUUCGCGUUUUAUCUAUUCAAUUGUAUUAGCAGGAAUAAAAUGACUUGUUUCUGUUGUACUUGAGUCUUAUGAAAAAGUGCCCAUAGCUUAGUGACAGUUUCCAAAGGCUUUAGUACCACCUUACAAAAAUGGGGGACCCAAACUCCCGGAAGAAACAAGCUCUGAACAGACUACGUGCUCAGCUUAGAAAGAAAAAAGAAUCUCUAGCUGACCAGUUUGACUUCAAGAUGUAUAUUGCCUUUGUAUUCAAAGACAAGAAGAAAAAGUCAGCGCUUUUUGAAGUGUCUGAAGUGAUACCAGUCAUGACCAAUAAUUACGAAGAAAAUAUCCUGAAAGGUGUGCGGGAUUCCAGCUAUUCUUUGGAAAGUUCCAUAGAGCUUCUGCAGAAAGAUGUAGUACAGCUUCAUGCGCCCCGCUACCAAUCCAUGCGCAGGGAUGUGAUUGGCUGUACCCAGGAGAUGGACUUCAUUCUUUGGCCUCGUAAUGAUAUUGAGAAGAUAGUCUGUCUCCUGUUUUCUCGGUGGAAGGGAUCUGAUGAGCCCUUUAGGCCUGUUCAGGCCAAGUUUGAAUUUCACCACGGUGACUAUGAAAAACAGUUUCUGCAUGUUCUGAGCCGAAAGGACAAGACUGGAAUUGUUAUCAACAACCCUAACCAGUCAGUGUUUCUCUUCAUUGACAGACAGCACUUGCAGACUCCAAAAAACAAAGCUACAAUCUUCAAGUUAUGCAGCAUCUGCCUGUACCUGCCACAGGAACAGCUCACCCACUGGGCGGUUGGUACCAUAGAGGAGCACCUCCGUCCUUAUAUGCCAGAGUAGGGUACUGGCCAGCAAAAUGGGGAAGAUCACAGAAAGCAGCAGUGAAUUCUUACUUUCCUCACCACUUUUAUUCUUUCAGAAUGUAGAAGAAAAUGGACUCAUGUUCAGAACACUAUACAUUGUGAAACGUGGUCAUUCUGGAUUUUUUUUUUCAUUUGUAUCUCAGAACUUUUAAUUUUUUUUAAAUGUUUUCUGCAUGGACCUUAUGAAAGAGAGGAUGCUCUGCACACUUCUGCAUUGCAUCAGCAUCUUACUAAAUGUGAAAUGAAGAGACUGUUGUACACUGAAACAAAUGUAUCUGAAAGCACGAGGUGAUCAUUUGUGGUGGUAUUCCCAUUUGUGCUGGUCAUUUUCCCCCUAACAUCUAUAAUGUUAGUCAUCAGUAUUGCAAGGGUGAGAAGUGAAUGUAACAGGUAUAAAGCCUUAGCUUUGCUGUUAAUGAUUGUAUUAAACAGCACUAUCAGAUUCAUUUAAAUGAACAGAAAAGUGGCUAUUAACAAUAGAAAAGUAAACACGGGAAAGAAAUCUUAAGGAAAAAAGCAUCUCAUUUAAUGUAGGCAUGUCUUGCCUUUUUUAUUUUGCUGGGCCAUGUUUAAGUUUACUGGCACUUUCAUUUUUGGAUCUCUUUCCCCAAGUUGCUGUAUAACUGUAUGAGAGUUGGAUACAUUUAUACAGAUUGAGGCAGACCUGGAGUCUGAAGUAACUAAAGCAGCUAAAAUUGAAGUAAAAAUAUAGCUGCAGAAACAAUGUUGGUAGAAGAUUAUUUUUUCCUGAGAGUUGAGACUUGUAAACUUGCUGGUGAACUGUGCAGGAAAUACUGGUUUCUAAAACAUUUCUUAUGGAAAACCCCUUGAGGUUUUUUUGGAAUAGACAUUAUAAAGCAGUGAACUGUAAAAUAGUGUUUGGAGUGUCAAAAGUUGGUUCUGACAGAACAUGAAGAUUGUGCAAUGAAAUAAGGAAGACUACUGUAUAGUUUUGAUGACGAAGGCUUUGCUUAAGGGUUGAGUACCUUACUGGAGUAAAUCUAUAUAAACCUGCUCCCUUUGGAUAAAACUAGUGCUUACCUGUUUCAAAUUUGUAUUUAGCUUUUGUUUGGAAUUGGAAGAAUUGGAAAUUUAAAUAAAUUAGGUGAAAAAAAAAUGUUAUUUUAUGCAAAACCUGUGGGUUGAAUUUAUUACAUGGCUCCUGUUAUCUUUUGACGGUAUUGCCCAUAACAGAUACUCUAGCCUUGUAAAAGCAAUCUGAAUGCAAAAAUGAGUGGCAAAGAGAUGUUCUUAACAUUGCUGAUAUGAUUAUGACAAUAUGAAAUCAAAUUGGCAAUUAAAAUAAUACACAUGACACUGUUAGUUGCACUUUGUGCUAGUUUUUGGGAAUACUUGGACAGUGUUCCUGCUGGUAGUGUUUACAGGAUCAAACCUCUGGUUUGUAGUAAGGCAAUUUAAAAAAAAAAAAAAAAAAAAAUUUUGGCCUGUAAGACAAGUAAUAGCAAAUACCAAAAUAUAACUUAAUCAGAUUUCCUUUCCAUUUUCAGGAUAUUGCUUGAAACAAUCAGGUUUCAAUAGCUUGAAUUAUGCAGCCUAAUCCCAAAUUAUUCAUGGUUUCUUUGAGGCUGGAAGUCAGUGUGUCACUGUCUGUAACUUUUCUUUGACUUUUCAGGUGGUUGCUUUCUCUGUUGAGAUUUUGAACACUGAGAAAGCAAAUAACUUGGAGCAAGAUUUUGACCCUCCUCUUCCCCCUAAACUGUACACUGUCACAAAAGAAAAAUCAAGAUGUGUUUGUGUGGGCAUUGUAGAAGUUUCACUACAAAAGUGGCGAUAUUCUUCUAUCUUGAUUUAAUAUCUCUGUAUUAGGGGAAGUAAUCAAUACUUAAUCAUACUGCUGCUGUUCUGUGCAUUUACACUGGAUGCUGAAGAUUUAAAGAGCAAGGAACUACAUUAACAGCGACAGCACUGUACUUCUGAACCUGUUCCCAUCCCCAACAGGUAGUAUUAUUUUAAAGUGCACUCUGUUCUGCACAUCUAUUGAAGGGAAACAGGCUCUGAGAGCCAGGGCAUGAGUGCCAUAGCAGCCUUUUGACUUCCAGGAAAAGUGAAGGGAGCCAUUGUUAUGGAUCCAGGAAACUUAAGUCUUCACAGCACCGUGAAUAGGAGGCAUCAUCUCUUCUUUAUCUACAGAGGUGAAUGGGAACAAUUCAUGUCAUAAUGCAAUUAAAGGCCAUGUAUUGCAUCA